UUGAAAAUUUCAAUAAUGACGUCACCUAUCAUAGUUGAAAAACGAAAAACUGUCAUGAAGUGAAGGUGAAUUCGUAUUAGUAAUUCUUCAUCCUUCAAAAAUGACUGUAUCUUUGCCUGUCGAAUACAAAGCAACGUAUAAAAUUUUGGUACUCGGUGAUUCAAAUGUUGGGAAAACUUGCUUAGUCCAUAGAUAUUGUGAUGAUGCUUACUACGAUACUUAUAUUUCCACUGUUGGUGUCGAUUUUAAACAGAAAAUAAUUGAAUUAGACGGUUCACCCAUAAAAUUACAAAUAUGGGAUACAGCAGGACAGGAAAGAUUUCGCACCUUGACAACUGCUUAUUAUAGAGGUGCUAUGGGAAUACUACUUGUGUACGAUGUUACCAAUAUUGAAUCUUUCAAUCAUUUACCUUACUGGAUUAAAACUAUACAAGAGAAUGCUUCUCAAAAUGUGGUUACUGUAUUGGCGGGAAAUAAAUGUGAUGCUGAAUAUCAAAGAACUGUCGACAGAACUAAUGGAGAAAAGUUGGCAGAAACCUUUGACAUGCCAUUUUUUGAAAUAUCGUGUAAGAAUGAUGUAAAUAUCGAAGCAGCGCUUCUUACCUUGACAAGAAUGAUUAGAGAGAGAGCCAGUCAAAAUAUAUCCGUAGAUGAACCAUCAACGCAAACGGAUCCUAAUAAUAUAACAUUGAGAAAUUUCAAAUUUAAAGAACCAUUCAAUGAAAAAAUGAAAUGUAACUAUUGUUAAUUGAACAUGCUUGAAACGUACCUAUUUUAUAGGAAAGUGCUUCUUUUUACUGCCUAUACGUUUUAUUAUUUUUAUGGUUUCUCAUUUUUUUUUUGCGUUUUCUUAUUUCAACGUCCUAUUUUUGUUUUGAAAAUUUCACUACCUAAUUACGAAACUAAUACUUUUCGAAAAAACGAAUCUGUUGACGAGACAAUAAAUUUAUUGGAACGUGGAUUAUGAGAAUAACAAGUGAAUGAAAUAUACGAUCAACCAGGUAGUUAACAUCUUGACUGCUUUAUUUUGACAAAAUAUGGUAAAAUUCGAUAAUCGAUACGAUGGAUAAAUUGAAUUGAAACAUAUCAGGAGAUAUAAUAGAAGGCAAAAUUAAGAAUUCGUAAAUAAAUUGUGAUUUAAAAAAAAAAUCAAACUUUUGAAGAAAGUCUCUUGUGAAAUUUUACAAGUGUAAAUGAUUUGUGUGAUGAAUAAAUAUUUAUAUAAAAUUU